AUGAUAACUUCAACUCCAAAAGCCAAUUCUCCUAAAAGAACCUUAUCUGACUUUGAUUCCACUGUUUCAGAAAGAAGCAGUCAAGAAAGUGAAAAAUCAAAGUCAAGAAAUGAUUUAGAUCAAGAAAAUUCAGAACAUACUUCAAAAUUAAAUUCUAUCAAAUUAGGUAAAGUUACACCAUUUGGAUCACCCAAAUCUUUUGGUUCAGUUCCAAGAUUGAUCCAUAAGCACAAGCUUGAAUCCAACAAGAAGCCAAAAACCGGAUCCCCCUUGAGAAAUGAAAUCAAUGUUAGAUCUCCUAAAGAGAAAUCAUUAGGUGAACUUUCCAGGAACUUCACUGUGCCAACGAACUUAAGCUUCAUCAAAUGGUACAAAUAUAGUGAUUUGAUGACCAAUAAGUUAGUUACCUUGAAGAAUAAAUUGAUUCUUAAAAGGUUUGUCUUGUUAUAUCAAUUCAAUCAAUUGAUUUCAUUGAUCAAUUAUUAUUGCUUAUCAGUUGAUAAAUACAAUAACAAGAUCAAUGAUAAAUUCAAAUCCUUACAAGUGAAGGCCAAAGAGUUAGUUGAUAAUUUAAUCAAGUUAUGA